UAAGCAAAAGAAACAUGUGCAGCCUUACAACCCCAGAGGACAAUAUGAGUUCAAACAAUGAUACACAUUGUGGAAACAGGAUGAAGUUGACCAGUGAAAAUUUGCCCAAGAACCCCUUUUAUACAUCUAUAUCUCAGUAUGCUGCUAAUCACCCACAAUUCUUCCAAUGGAGAAAGGAAAAGACUGAUCAUUACAACCAUUCUAAUUUGGUGGAUAAAGCAUUGCAGCUCUUGAAGGAGAGAAUAAGAAGAGGAGAUGCUCUGGCAUAUUUCCUACGGGGUCAACUAUAUUUUGAAGAGGGUUGGUAUGAAGAAGCAUUAGAACAGUUUGAAGAAAUCAAGGAGAAAGAUCACCAAGCAACUUACCAGCUGGGAGUAAUGUAUUAUGAUGGGCUGGGGAUCGCUGCAAAUUCUGAAAAAGGAGUGGAAUAUAUGAAGAAAAUUGUUGAUUCUCCAUGUCCCAAAGCAAGACACUUAAAAUUUGCUGCUGCUUACAACCUCGGAAGAGCUUAUUAUGAAGGAAAAGGUGUUAAACGAUCAGAUGAGGAAGCUGAAAGACUGUGGCUUUUUGCUGCAGACAAUAGAAAUCCAAAAGCUAGUGUGAAGGCUCAGUGUAUCCUAGGAUUAUAUUACUCAACAAAAGAACCCAAAGAGUUAGAAAAGGCAUUUUAUUGGCAUUCAGAAGCAUGUGGCAAUGGAAACCUGGAGUCCCAGGGUGCUCUUGGUCUCAUGUACCUUUAUGGACAUGGCAUCCGCCAGGAUACUGAAGCUGCGCUGCACUGCUUAAAAGAAGCAGCAGAACGUGGGAAUGUCUAUGCUCAAGGGAAUCUCGUGCAGUAUUACUAUAAGAUGAAAUUUUUUACAAAGUGUAUCACAUUUUCCAAAAGGAUUGCUGACUAUGAUGAGACUCAUGACAUCUCCAUAAUAGCCCAGGUCACAGACUGUCCCCCAGAAUUCAUCAACAGAGGCAUGGCCAUGGCAUCCUUCUACCAUGCACGGUGUCUUCAGCUUGGCCUGGGCAUCACAAAAGAUGAAGAAACAGCUAGACUAUAUUAUUCUAAAGCUUGUCGUCUGAAUCCGGCAAUGGCAGAUGAACUUCACUCUUUAGUUAUUCAUCAAAGAAUUUAGACCACAGUGCAUUUCAUCAAAGAUCGUCAAUCCUAACUCCAUAUAAUGUGUAUAUUUUUAUGGCAGCUAUGUAUGUUAUUUUCUGCAUCCCCAGUUAUAUUAUCCUGGGUAUUUUACAGAUGAUAUGUUACCUUUGUUCUUGAAUUUGUAUUCUCUAAUUUUUGCAACCAGAAACCUAGCCACAGGAUCAAAUUGCUGGAAGAGUCCUCAGAGUCCACCUCUUAACCUAUAGCGAAGCCUAGACCAUAUUAAAUUUGAAGCUAUUCCUUAAA